AUGGGAGAGGAAGCAGCGGCCGCGCCCACCACCGUGGCAGCAGGGAGCGCCCCGCCGCACCUGCUCCUGAUCUGCUUCCCGGGGCAGGGCCACGUGAACCCGAUGCUCCGCCUGGCGAAGCGCAUCGCGGCCAAGGGCCUCCUGGUGACCUUCUCCUCGGUCUCCACCGUCGGCGUGAAGCUGGCCGCGUCCGCGGUUCUGGACGACGAGGACCCCGGCCCCGACCUGGACGACCUGAUGCGGCACCUCUCCAAGGACGGGCCGCCGGCGUUCGCGAAGCUGCUCGCGCGGCAGGCGCGGGACGGCAGGCCCGUGGCGUGCGUGGUGGUGAACCCGUUCAUGCCGUGGGCGGCCGACGUGGCCGCCGAUGCCGGGAUCCCGUCCGCGGUGCUGUGGGUGCAGUCGUGCGCGGUGUUCUCGCUCUACUACCACCACGUACACGGCCUCGUGGAGUUCCCGCGCGAGGACGACCCCGACGCGCGGUUCACGCUGCCGGGCCUCCCCGAGAUGUCCGUCGCCGACGUGCCGUCGUUCCUGCUCCCGUCCAACCCGUACAAGCUGCUGGUGGACGCGAUCGUCGCGCAGUUCCGCACCAUCGGCCGCGCGUCGUGGGUGCUCGUCAACUCCUUCACGGAGCUGGAGCGCGACGUGGUGGCGGCGCUCCCUGGCGUGACUCCCCGCCCGCCGGAGCUCAUCCCCGUGGGCCCGCUCAUCGAGCUCGACGGUCAGGACGACGGCAGCGACGGCGCGGUGCGCGGCGACCUGAUGAAGGCCGCGGACGACUGCGUGGAGUGGCUGGACGCGCAGGCGCCGCGCUCCGUGGUGUACGCGUCGGUGGGCAGCGUGGUGCUGCUCAACGCGGAGGAGGUGGGCGAGAUGGCGCACGGGCUCGCCGCCACGGGGCGUCCCUUCCUGUGGGUCGUCCGGCCCGACACCCGGGAUCACCUCCCGGAGGGGUUCCUGGACGCCGUGGCCGGGCGCGGCACGGUGGUGCCGUGGAGCCCCCAGGACCGCGUGCUGGCGCACCCGUCCACCGCCUGCUUCCUCACGCACUGCGGCUGGAACUCCACCCUGGAGACCAUCGCGGCGGGCGUGCCCGUCGUGGCGUUCCCGCAGUGGGGCGACCAGUGCACGGACGCCAAGUUCCUGGUGGAGGAGCUCAGGAUGGGGGUCCACCUCCGCGGCGGGCCGCUGCGGCGGGACGCCGUGCGGGAGGCGGUGGACGCCGCCGUGGCCGGGCCCGAGGCAGACGCCAUGCUCGCCAGCGCCAGGAGGUGGAGCGCCGCGGCGCGGGAGGCCGUCGCGCCCGGCGGGUCCUCGGACGCGCACGUCCAGGCGUUCGUGGACGAGGUGGCACGGCGUGCGUGUGGCGUGCAAGCGGCUAAGGUCGUGCCGCCGUCGUUAGAGACUCCUGCUAGUUGA